AUGAAGUUUCUCUUACUAAUUUACCUGCUUGGCUCUGCCAGAGGAGCAUCAGGUCAGCCUGAUGAUUCUCUUGGCUCCCUUGAUCAUCAAGGUUCAAUUCAGCAACUUUCAGGUGAGUACUUUUCACUUGCAAACCCAUCAGAUGCAGAGGCUUUAUAUGAAUCCACUUCAGCUGAGCGCUCUUCAGCUGAGCGCUCUUCUUCAGCCGAGCGCUCUUCUUCAGCCGAGCACUCUUCAGGUGAGCACUCUUCAGCUGAGCAUUCUUCCGGUGAGAACUCUUCAAGUGACCAAGCUUCUGGUGAACAGCCUUUGGCUGAACAAUCUUCCAGUGAAAAGCCUUCAGGUGAAAAGCCUUCAGGUGAAAAAGCUUCUGGGGAAAAGGCUUCAGGUGAACAGGCAUCAGGUGAAAAGUCUUUGAGUGAAAAGGCUUCUGGUGAAAAGACUUCUGUUGAACAGGCUUCAGGUGAAAAGCCUUCAGUUGAACAGGCGUCAGGUGAAAAACCCUCUAUUGAAAAGGUUUCAGGUGAACAACCUUCAGGCGAACAGCCUUUGAUCGAAAAGCCCUUGGUUGAAAAGUCUUCAGGCACAGGAUUGAAUUGCCAUACGUGUGCUUACAUGAAUGAGCAAGGAAAAUGCCUUCGUGGGGAGGGAAUCUGCGCCACUCAAAAUUCCCAGCAGUGCAUGUUAAAGAAGAUCUUUGAAGGUGGAAAACUCCAAUUCAUGGUUCAGGGGUGUGAGAACAUGUGCCCAUCUAUGAACCUCUUCUCCCACGGAACCAGGAUGCAAAUUAUAUGCUGUCGGAAUCAGUCUUUCUGCAACAAGAUCUAA